AUGUCAAACCCACCUAAUCAAUAUAACGGUGACUACCACUCUAACAAUAGACAUAGUAACAAUGUCAAUCAACACGGUUAUCCUCAACACAAUCGUUCGUCUUACAUGGCUGAUCAACACAACAUGAAUCGACAACGGGCAUCUGAAAACUACAUGCGUCAACAAAGGCAAAAUUUAUCCGGAGGACAUGUCCCUACUAAUAAUAGAAUGCCUCAACCAGCAAGACCAUCCAACGGUGUCACCCCAAAUCACUUACAGCCAAGUCCAUAUCAUAGAGGCUCUACUAAUAUCAAUAGAUCCAAGUCAUUGACAAGACCUGAGCGUCAGCGGCCAAGACCUGGUAUGAUCAAUGCUUCUAACAACCUCGGAGCAGGAGGGCCAAGCCAACGUCGUACAUCUGGUCUCAAUCAUCGCAAGAUUAACCGCGGGAAUGGUGGUAAUGACGGUACCCCUCACAACGCACACAAUCAACCAAUGUCCAGCAAUCUGCAAAUGCAGCUCGCUCAACAAAAGCAACAACAACAGAUGAACAACGGCGCAAUGCCUGUCUCCAGUCAAAUGUCGGGCUUAAGGGACCAAGAUGAAGAAGUGAAAGAGCCUAGUCCGCUCAAUAACUGGUGGGCCUGGAUUGCGUUUCUUUGCACAUGUUGCUAUCCUCCCUAUAUUAUUCGUGUUUGGUUUGGAAAAUCAAAUAAAAACAUGCAGCAAGCAUGGAGAGAAAAGGUUACAUUGUGUUACUUGGUUGGUUUUUUGUGCGGUUUAUUAGCAUACGUUAUUUAUGGUCUGAACAUCGAUUUAUGUCCAAGAGACAGACUGAGCUAUCCUUACUCUAGCAUCAACGAUCAGGGCGUGAGAGUGCCUACUCAAAGAGAGCAAGUGUCUGUCUUUGGCCAAGUCUACAAGUUUGAGACAAUGCAGGAUUACUUUCUAUCCAUCAACAUGAAUUUAACAUCAGAUUUCAAAGGCAUGGAGCUUGGCUCUAUCUUUGAUGGUGAUACAAGAGGCUAUUGUACUCCAUUCAAGCAUGGCGACGUCGAUCCUACUCUCCCUAGCUGUACACUAACAAGUCCUUAUGGCGCUACAUUGAAGCAAGCAAACGGCUCCUGCAUUCCUCUCGAUAGUCUGCAUCGAUUCAGCAACAACAAUGACAUGAUCAGCUUCGACUGGGCUGACAUUCGCACCAGUAUUCACGACAUGAAUGAUUCCAACAUGGCUAUUAUCGUCGACAGUGUUCUCAACAUGACAUCUUACUACCAAAAGAACAAUGCCUCCAUUUUUGGUCAAGAAGUCGACAGGGCAAUCAGGAUCUCUCGUGGUAAUGAUUUGGCCUAUGCCCUCUUGUAUACACCUGCUGGCAAGAGAGCUCGUCAUUGCAUCGCUGCUAGAUAUACUGUGGGUACUGCAUCUCAAGAGGUUGCUAGCUGCAUUGCUGAUAACAUUAUCAUGACGGUCAUGUUUGCUGUCAUUAUCAUCAUUAUUAUCAUCCGUUAUUCCAUGGCUUGUCUUUUCCAAUGGUUCAUCUCUCGUCGUUUGACCAAACCAGGUGGUAGAUCAAACUGGUUAGCUUGGCGUUCUAUCAAGGGUGGCAACGACGAUCCUGCAAACCAUAUUCCAGGCCCCUACAACAACUAUGGUCCCAUGGCUCAAGGCUCUGUCAAUUCAUUCAGCAGUUCCAACAACAACAACAGCAGCCACGGCAACCAAACAUUGAGUGUUCAAAGCUCCAAUUUGGGACUAAAUGGUCAUCGUACAGACAUCGUGGAAACUGAGCUCUAUACUGUCAUGUUGGUAACAUGUUAUUCAGAAGGCGAGGAGGGUUUGAGAAUCACGAUGGACAGUUUGUCAAACACCACUUACUCCAACAAGCACAAGAUUUUCUUCGUCAUUGCUGAUGGCUUGAUUACUGGUGCAGGCGAAACCAUGUCUACACCUGAUAUUGUUGUCAACAUGAUGGAUUUGACUCCUGCUAUGGCUAACCCUAAACCCUGUUCUUAUCUUGCUGUUGCAGACGGUGAAAAGCAAUUGAACAUGGCCAAGGUAUACGCUGGACAUUAUAACGGCACUGCUUGCAUUACCAUUGUCAAAUGUGGUACUGAAGAGGAGCAAAAGGGCGCCAAGGCUGGUAAUCGUGGUAAACGUGAUUCUCAAGUUAUCUUGAUGUCCUUCUUCCAACGUGUGUUGUUUAACGAUCGUUUCUGUGAACUGGAUUAUGAAAUCUUCUGGAAAAUGACUUGGUUGAUGAAAGGCGUUACACCCGAUAAGUUUGAAACUGUGCUGAUGGUGGAUGCAGACACCCAAGUGCUUCCUGACGCUUUGACCUAUAUGGUUGCUGCCAUGGCAAAUGACAUUACUAUUAUGGGCCUUUGUGGUGAAACACGUAUUGCUAACAAACGUGCUUCUUGGGUUACUGCUAUUCAGGUCUUUGAAUACUACAUCUCUCAUCAUUAUACAAAGGCCUUUGAAUCACUGUUUGGUAUGGUCACUUGUUUACCUGGUUGUUUCAGUAUGUAUCGUAUCAAGUCACCUAAAAAUGGCUCUUGGGUUCCAGUCUUGGCUAAUCCUGAUAUCAUCAUGGAGUACAAUCAAAAUAUUGUCACUACACUUCACGAAAAGAAUCUACUGUUGCUCGGUGAGGAUCGCUUCCUGUCUACUCUGAUGUUGCGUACAUUCCCUAAGCGCCAAAUGAUGUUUGUGCCUAAUGCCCGUUGCCGUACUGUUGUCCCUGAUGAAUUUGGCGUCUUGCUAUCACAGCGUCGUCGUUGGAUUAACUCUACAGUGCAUAAUUUGAUGGAAUUGGUCUUGGUGUCUGAUCUCUGUGGUAUCUCUUUCUUGUCCAUGCAAUUCUCUGUGUUUAUUGAUUUGAUCGGUACAUUUGUGCUUCCUGCUGCUAUUGUCAUGUCUAUUUAUCUAAUUGUUGAAACUGCCAUCUCACCCAACCCUCAAUGGCAAUCACUGGGUUUACUGAUCGCCAUCUUGGUUCUGCCAGCAGUAUUGAUUACAAUUACUACAAUGAAGUUUGUUUAUGUGAUGUGGAUGAUUAUUUAUAUUUGCGCUUUGCCUAUUUGGAAUAUGGUCUUACCCUUGUAUUCGUUCUGGCAUUUUGAUGAUUUCAGUUGGGGUGCUACUCGUGUGGUGGUAGGAGAAAAGAAGGGCGAUUCACAUGGAGAUGCAGAUGGCAAAUUCGACUCAAAGAGACUGAUUAUGAAGAAAUGGGAGGAUUGGGAAGCUGAGCGAACUGGUCAGCGUCAGGGCCGCAAAUUCCCUCUUAAGACACCUCAAGAUAGCUUCUCUGCCUUUGAUGGUGUCAAACCUCAUUCUCCAUUCUUCAAAUAA